UCCAUCCUCUGCUGUUUCGCUGUCUAAUCCUCUCUCUCUUUCUCUCUCUCUCGCUUUCUCUUGCAGAGCGAAUCUCCCCUUUUUCCCAUACCACCUCUCCUUUCUACUUCCUUCCCUCUCUGUCCAUCUCCUUUCAUAUUCAUCCCUGCUUCUCCUCUUCUUCUCUUCCUCUUCUCCUCUUAUAGAAGAGUUCCCUCUCCCUCCCCCUCUCUCUCUCCCUCUCCCUCUCUCCCAUACUGAUUCGGAGCACACCCUCUCUCUUGCUCUUUCUCUCUCUUUCCCUGUGUCCCUCCCCCUCCCUCUUUACGUUUCCCCUCCCUCCAUCCUCUCUUUCCCUCGCUGGUUCAGUAAGUAAAGAAAGAGAUACACGGAAGCAAAGAAAAAGGGGGAAAGGCAGGACGAGAGAGAGCAGGAGUGGGGCAGGCUGGGGCGAGGGGUGUGGGGUCUCAGCCCUCUGUUGUGGGGGGUUGGGGGUUGAGAUACACCCCACCUGUUUGUUCUCACUACCAUGGACUGCCUCUGCAUUGUGACUACAAAGAAGUACCGGUACCAGGAUGAGGAGACACCCCCCUUGGAGCACAGUCCAGCCCAUUUGGGUCAAGGGAAAAGCGCUGAGAUGCUUCACAUGAGCGAUAAGAACCUCGCCGCCAUGGAGGCAAUGCAUGGCUACACGCCACACACACACAUCUCCCCUAUCAAGCCGGUGUUGAUGUCGUCAGGCCACACUCCUAUGUACACCUCUGCUGUUUCCACACUGGGAAAUUCUCCUCCAGUGAUGGUGAACACUGACACACUUGACGGCUCCCCCUACGUCAACGGGACAGAGGGGGAAAUUGAGUAUGAAGAGAUUACACUGGAAAGAGGUAACUCAGGCCUGGGCUUCAGUAUAGCUGGGGGGACAGAUAACCCUCAUGUUGGUGAUGACCCCAGCAUCUUCAUCACCAAGAUCAUCCCUGGAGGAGCUGCGGCCCAAGACGGACGGCUGAGUGUGAAUGACAGUAUCCUGUUUGUAAAUGAUGUUGAUGUGAGGGAGGUGACCCACAGUCUGGCUGUAGAAGCUCUGAAGGAGGCGGGGGCCAUCGUCCGCCUCUACGUGCUGCGCAGGAAACCAGCCGCAGAGAAAGUUACAGAGAUCAAACUCAUCAAAGGGCCCAAAGGUUUAGGUUUCAGCAUCGCUGGAGGAGUGGGUAACCAGCACAUUCCAGGAGACAACAGCAUCUAUGUCACUAAGAUCAUCGAGGGUGGAGCUGCUCACAAGGACCAGCGGCUGCAGAUAGGGGAUAAGAUAUUGGCGGUGAACAGUGUGUGUCUGGAGGACGUGAUGCACGAGGAUGCAGUGGGAACCCUGAAGAACACAGCUGAGGUGGUUUACCUCAGGGUGGCCAAGCCUAACAACCUCUACCUGAACUCCUACAACCCCCCUGACCUCACCAGCACAUACUCCCCUCACAUGGACACAGAUCUUGGCACCACCUACCUUGGAUCAGAUUACCCACAAGCUCUCACUCCCACCUCGCCCAGUCGCUUCUCUCCGGUGUUGCACAGCUUGAUGGGGGAUGAAGACCUUCCCAGUCUCCUCCUUCCCCUCCAUUUGUCCUCGUCUCUCCCUGACCCCCCGUCCCUCUCCCUCUUCCCUGCUCUCUCUGUCAGGGAGCCUAGGAGAGUGCUGAUCCACCGGGGUUCUACAGGCCUGGGUUUUAACAUCGUGGGAGGAGAGGAUGGAGAGGGGAUCUUUAUCUCCUUCAUCCUGGCAGGGGGGCCUGCCGACCUCAGCGGAGAGCUGCGCAAGGGCGACCAGAUCCUCAGCGUAAAUGGAGUGGACUUGCGUAUCGCCACCCAUGAGCAGGCUGCUGCAGCCCUGAAGAACGCUGGCCAGACUGUCACCAUCAUUGCCCAGUACAGACCAGAGGAAUACAGCCGUUUCGAAGCGAAGAUCCACGACCUGAGGGAACAGCUGAUGAACAGCAGCAUGGGAUCUGGUCAGACAACACUGAGGAGCAACCCCAAGAGAGGCUUCUACAUCAGGGCCCUGUUUGACUAUGAUAAGACAGCAGACUGUGGUUUCCUGAGCCAGGCGGUGGGCUUCAGGUUUGGUGACGUGCUCCAUGUCCUGGACUGUGGUGAUGAGGAGUGGUGGCAGGCCAGACGGGUCAGUCCUCCGACAGAAGCUGAGGAGGUCGGCUUUAUUCCCAGCAAACGCAGGGUAGAAAGGAAAGAGUGGUCUCGCAUGGGCACAAAAGAAAGGGAUCGCAGUCGAGACAGCCUCGGGUCUCAAGGGAGGGAUGAUUCUCAACACAGCUAUGAAACAGUCACACAAGUGGAGGUCCAUUAUGCGAGGCCCAUCAUAAUAUUGGGUCCUAUAAAGGACAGGGUAAAUGAUGACCUGCUGUCGGAGUUCCCUGACAAGUUUGGAUCUUGUGUCCCUCACACCACACGGCCCAAGCGUGAGUACGAGGUGGACGGGCGGGAUUACCACUUUGUGUCGUCACGGGAACAAAUGGAGAAGGACAUCCAGAGCCACCGUUUCAUCGAGGCGGGCCAGUACAACAGCCACCUGUACGGCACCAGCGUUCAGAGUGUUCGCCAGGUGGCAGAGCAGCAAGGAAAACACUGUAUACUGGACGUGUCGGCCAAUGCUGUCCGCAGACUACAGGCCGCUCAGCUUCACCCCGUUGCCAUCUUUGUCCGGCCCAAGUCACUGGAGAAUGUCCUAGAGAUCAACACUCGACUGACAGAAGAGCAGGCCAGAAAGGGCAUGGACCGUGCUCUCAAACUGGAACAGGACUUUCUAGAGUGUUUCUCAGCUGUGGUGGAAGGAGACAGCUUCGAGGAGGUUUACCACAAGGUGAAGACGGUGAUCGAGGAGCAGUCGGGGCCUUACAUCUGGAUCCCCACCCGGGAGAGGCUGUGAGGCUGCCCCAUAACCCACCCCCAUCCCCCCAACCACCCUCAGACAGUCUGCCCUCCAGCCCAACCAGGGCAGAGAGACAGAGAGAGAAAGACACAGAGAAAGACAGACAGAGGGACACGUGAAGAUAGAGACAGGAGGGUAAACAUUAUCACACACAGAGAGUGAGAGACACAGAAUAAGAGACACAUGAAUAGAAACACAGAGAGAUAGACAUGGACGGUAUUUAAUAAAUAUGAAUAUAUCAUCAAUGUGUGGUGAGUACUGACAAAGACUGGACAGGGGUGACCCAGUCGGGUGUGGCAGGGCGGGGCAGGGGGCGUCCCCGGAUUAGCACAGGGUAAAUGAUCCACCAUCUCUCCCUCUCCUUCUCUCUGUCUUAUUGGCUGCCUUUGACAUCCCCGCCGACAAGGUGGCAAAACCAUCAGCAUCCAUCUGAUCCUUCCUUUUUUAUAUCCCUUAGCCUUCUCUCCUCCUCCUGUCUCCCCUCUCCUUUCAGGACAUGAAAAGGAGGGAGAGAGAGAGAAGGAGAGUGCAUAGACUAUGGAAGGACACACAGAUCCUAUUGGGUUCCUCUAAUCCAGAGGAGGCUCUUUUCUAGUGAAGAGACUUUGCUCUAUGAACAACAUCCCACUAACCAAGACAGGCAUUUGCUCAUUCACCCACGAAAAGCAUUGCAAGAACAUUUUUAAAAAGCAGCACAAAUGAAAACUCAGAAGUUGAACUUGUGCAUGCGUCCUCAGAGGACUCAGAGAUGGGAGUUGAGGAAAAUGGCGGAUAUUAUGAAGACCCUAUAGAGAAAAAGAAGAAGAAGAAUGGCCACCCGUCUUUCUGUUUUUCCCUCCUUUUUGAUGGUGGGAGGUUUUUAGCAUGUCUCUACAGAGAAAGGAGCAGAGCGGUGCAGACAGGGAAAGAGGGGGGUGUCUUUCUUGUGUGCAAACUCACUGUGUGCAUUGACAAUGGAAGACCUCACAGUAUAACCACUGGGUCUCUUCUGUACCGCACACACAGUCAGCCGUACAGUAGUACCAUUCUAAUCCACCUGGCUGUUCUCCAAAAGCACUGGUUGUUCUGCCUGUUUGCAACAGGCAGGUAGAUCCCAGGCUGAAUGUUCUCUUAAUGCACAACAGCAGAAUUCUUAUGUUCAGCUCUUUAGUGUGAAGAGCACCGCAGCCAAUUCUCUGAUCACUCUUCCAAAAAGACCCCUCAACAACCCACACACAGUGUUCUCACUGGCCGCUCUGAGCAGUGGUGUGUGUGUGUGUGUGUGUGUGUGUGUGUGUGUGUGUGUGUGUGUGUGUGUGUGUGUGUGUGUGUGUGUGUGUGUGUUCCUCUUCCUCCCGACCACUCUUUCUCUGCCUCUUUCUUUCUUUCUCUCGCUCUAUGUUUCGUCACACAUGAAGGCUACUUAUAUAUAACACAUUUAACAGACAAAAUGGCCUAUAUAAAUAUAUAUUUUUAAUGACGAUUUCUAACAGGAGUUGGAGACUGUAAAAUGUAAAUCUCUUGAACAAUUUUCCAUUGCUUUCUUUGGGUAAUGUUUCUCUUGUGUUUGGGGAUUUGUUUUGGUCAUUGACUUUGCUUGAUUUCCCCCUCCACACAACACAGUCCUGACAAACAAACACACAAAGAAACACAUAAUAGCUGAACUGUACCUGAGAAAUACCUGAGCUAUACCUGAGCUGUACCUAAACUAUAACUGAACUAUAACUGGACUAUACCUGAGGUAUACCUGAGCUGUACCUGAGCUGUACCUGAGCUGUACCUGAGCUGUACCUGAGCUGUACCUGAGCUGUACCUGAGAUAUAGCUGAGAUGUACCUGAGAUGUACCUGAGAUGUACCUGAGCUAUACCUGCGCUAUACCUGAGCCAUGCCUGAGAUAUAGCUGAGAUAUAACUGGACUAUAACAGAGAUGUAACUGAGCUAUAACAGAGAUAUAACUGAGCUAUAACUUGAUUAUAACAGAGAUGUAACUGAGCUAUACCUGAGCUAUAACUGAGCUAUACCUGAGAUAUACCUGAGAUAUACCUGAGCUAUACCUGAGCUAUACCUGAGCUAUACCUGAGAUAUAGCUAUACCUGAGAUAUACCUGAGAUAUAACUGGACUAUAACAGAGAUAUAACUGGACUAUAACUGAGCUAUAACUGAGAUAUAACUGAGCUAUAACUGAGAUAUAACUGGACUAUAACAGAGAUAUAACUGGACUAUAACUGAGAUAUAACUGAAAUAUAACUGAGAUAUAACUGAACUAUAACUGGACUAUAACUGAGAUAUAACUGAGAUGUAACUGAACUAUAACUGUAACUGAACUAUAACUGAGAUAUAACUGAAAUAUAACUG